AUCCUCACUUCCUCACUCCGAGGGGACACAGGGAGGCAGGGAGAGAAGGCAGGAGCUGCCCAUAAAUUGCUCUGGAAAAGGAGAGGGUAGAGACAGAGCUGGAGACAGAGCAGAUGCUUUGACAGAAGCAGAGUUGAGUGGUUUUCUCUCUCCCUCCUGAAUCUCUUUUGUUGGGUCGUUAGAUACAAAUCUGAUGGACAUUGGCAAGGACAACCACCACCACCUCACUGCUAGCCUCUAAUCCCCAGCCUGUUUGCCGGAGCUGGAUCCAGUGUGGAGCUGCUUGUGCGGCAGCUAUCAGCAGGCUAGCGGGGGCUGCAAGGCUCUGUGGCAGCGAGAAGAGGAGGAAAAAAAAAGGAGGAGGGGCUGUGGUGAGCUGGUGGGCUUCCUCUGCUUCACAGACACAUUUUAUUGACUUGCUAAUUGGAUGAGGCACUCGAAGGAGAGGAUGCGGUGACCGAGAAGAGCUGCUCUCCAGAGGAGGAAUACAGGCACAAGGAAGCAUUGCUCAGGCUGCGUAAAUCUGGCUACUUCAUCUUUUAAUUUUUUUUUAUUCUGGAGACAUAACAGAUGUUUUUUUUCAGCAUCUCCCAGUGACCAUCACACCGUGCAUACAUAAUUUUAUGCAUGACAUUGUCGAACGGUGCCUCCAGCUGCCAGACGCUUCGUGACAAGUGAAUGAUUUCCAUUUUGAUUUGUUUGCACCCUGUUCCCUUUCACCUGUUUUUUUUUGUUUUUUGUCUUGGACUUAUCACCUGGAGGUCUUUUUUUUUGUCAGCCUUAUUUGAUGUGCCGUUUGAUAUGAAUGGUAAUCUGAUGGCGAGAUAAAUUCUUCACCAAAUCAAAUGUACAAGGAACUGUGCAAUGGUUAUUCAUCAGGAAAAAUGAAGUCUUGUCUUGGUUGCCAAGACUGAGAUGUGCAGGUCUGGCUAGGUGAGAGUGCAGGUGGUACUGUGCUGAAGUCUGCUAUACCAAUGAGCAAGGCAGGCAACCCACAGAGACGCACCACCUACCUCAUUUCCCUAACUCUGGUGAAGGUUGAAGCUGUGCCAGAGGAUGUAGCAGGGAACCAGAGGGAGGCUCUUCCAGAGGGGGAAGGGAGCCCUAAGAAGGAGGAGGAAGAUGCCCCCAAAAAAGGGGAAGGACUGGUGUGUAUACAAGUGGGAGAAAAAGAAAACACACAGGUGGAAGAAGAAGUGGAACAGGUGCAGCAUGGCAAGUAUGGCAGCCCCACUGAGAACUGGGGAAAGCCUGAAAGUAAGGAAAUUCAUGGACACCCAAAAGACAUUGGAUCAGUUGGUAAAAGCAAAGACACCUUUUUUGUACAUCCACCUGUUAGACAAAUGGUCAAAGUGUAUGGAGGAACUACCACUGAGGGAACUGUGCGCAGAGAGGGUCCUCGCUCAGACGCCAUGCGCCCUAAGACGGAGCUCUACGGAGAGCCCCCCAUGCUCUUCCUAAAGGGUGAAAAUGGAGCAGACCUGAACAGUCGCUCACGUUGCAGCCUCCCCUUUUCCAUCCCGCCACAGGUCACCCAGCGCCCUGAAGUCCUGAUGAGGUCACAUGCAGGAGGCAACUCUGCAUGCUGGAGGGAACUCAGAGAGGCCAAUACAAGCUUGUAUCACUCUGCUAGGACUUUAGAUCGAAGGGAUAACCGUUUUGGGGACCAGUCCCCCUUAAUGGCAGCUACAACUCUGGGGCCUUACAGGGCAUCCUGGGCUGACAGUGACGGGAGGGGCACGCUCAUUCGACCCGGAGCCCCCAUCAGCGGAGGAUUUUCCGGCAUUAUGGCUAGGGACAGCCCUCAAGGGGAGAGAUUUAAGACAGUUUCUGUUUCCUUGCCUGUACCUCCUGUCACCGACGUGUCCAGGCCUCAAAGGAAAGGUACAAGUCGUACCCUGGACAACAGUGACCUACAUUCCCUCUCUGAGGACCUGAAGAAGGGGAAGGAGAGCCAGGGAGGAACAAUCCAGCGCGCUCCUCCCCGUGACAGAAAGAUGCUCAAGUUCAUUAGUGGCAUUUUCACCAAAAGUACGGCGGUGCCAGCCAGCGUCAGCACCGCACCUCCUCUCUAUCCAGCUGUGGAAAGGGGGUCGAGUGAGGAGGAAGCUGCAUGCACCAGCAGUCAAGAAUGGACCAUGAGCCAAACUAUACAAGAGCUUCACCUGGGUGUUUUGGGAGGUCUAUACAGUGGGAAGUCCGCUCUGGUUCACAGGCACUUGACAGGAAGUUACCUGCAGCUGGAAAAUGCUGAGGGUCGCCAAUACAUUAAGGACGUCCUGGUGGAUGGACAGAGCCACGUGUUGAUAAUCAGAGAAGAAACAGAACUCCCGGGUGCUCAGUUUGCAAGUUGGGUGGAUGCAGUUAUCUUGGUCUUCAGUUUGGAAAACGAGGCCAGCUUCCAGGAAGUUUACAGAAUCUACCACCAGCUCGCUACCCACCGGCCCAUUUCUGAGAUACCUUUCAUAGUAGUCGGUACUCAGGAUAAGAUAAGCAGCACCAACCCCAGAGUAAUAGAUGAUGCCAGGGCCAGACAGCUGUGCUCAGACGUGCGGCGCUGCACCUACUAUGAAACCUGUGCAACGUACGGCCUCAAUGUGAACAGAGUCUUCACUGAUGCUGCUCAGAAGAUCAUGGCAGCCAAGAAGCAAGCUGCUCUACUGGCUUCCUGUAAAUCUCUCCCUAACUCUCCCAGUCACUCCGGAGGCUCCACCCCCGUGUCAGGUGUCUUUCCUGGACAGGCCAGUAACGGUGGUCAGAGCAGUGAUUACUCCUCAUCACUUCCCUCCACUCCUGUGAUCAGUCAUAAAGAGAUUGGCAAGACAGUGAGAGGGGAAAAGCAGGAUAGUGCCACGCCUGGGUCCGUCCGCAGUGCCACCCGGAGACGCACCUCCAGAUUUGCGGGUCGGAGGGGCAGUGACUCAAACAGAAGGAGUGCAGAUUGUAUGGGAGAUCUGGGCAGUGGACGCUCCAUUCCCAUCAAACAGGGCAUCUUGUUGAAGCGCAGCGGGAACUCGCUCAACAAAGAAUGGAAGAAGAAGUAUGUCACGCUGUCCAACGAUGGCAUACUGUCCUAUCACUCUAGUGUCAAUGACUACAUGCUAAAUGCUCCUGGGAAGGAGAUGGACCUGCUGCGAGUGACAGUGAAAGUGCCAGGAAAGCGACCGCCUCGUGCUGUACAUGCCAGUGGCCUUCCAGUCGGGCUCAACGGGCGUGCCAAAGAUAUGCCGGGACUUGAGGGUGUCGGCCCAGUCCCUGUAAGCGAUGGGAUGGAAGGGCUGGGUGGUGCGUUGUUCCUGAGGAGCAACAGAGGUGUGCAGCGGUGUCCCUCUACUAUAUCAAACCACGCUCAAAGUGUUGACUCUGCAGUUGAGGGUGUGUCCAGCUCCUCCUCCACCAAAGAUGUAGGCUCCUCCUCCCCGGUCACAGACAGGAAGAAACAUCGCAGAAAGAAAAGCAUGAACCAGAAAGGAGAUGCAACCAUUGGCCAAGCAGAUGCCAAACGCAAACUGUGGAAACUUAAAAGCUUUGGUAGCUUAAGAAACGUAAGCAAGACAGAUGAGGAUAACUUUGACUUCCUCAUUGUGUCGAGUUCCGGCCAAACAUGGCACUUUGAAGCCCAGAGUGUGGAAGAGAGGGACUCCUGGGUCCAAGCCAUUGAGAGCCAGAUCCUGGCCAGCCUGCAGCUCUGUGAAAGCAGCAAAAACAAGGCUCGCAAGAACAGCCAGAGUGAAGCAGUGGUUCUGCAGGCGAUCCGCAAUGCGAAGGGCAACAACUUCUGUGUUGACUGUGAUGCUCCAAAUCCAACCUGGGCCAGUCUGAACCUGGGUGCUCUCAUAUGCAUCGAGUGUUCAGGGAUUCACCGAAACUUGGGGACCCAUCUGUCACGUGUUCGGUCGUUGGACCUUGAUGAUCUGCCACGAGAGCUGACACUGGUUCUUAGUGCCAUUGGCAACCACUUGGUAAACAGUAUAUGGGAGGCGCGCACUCUGGGCCACCGUAAACCAGCACCUGAUGCUACACGUGAGGAGCGGGAGUCGUGGAUCAGGGCCAAAUAUGAGCAGAAACUGUUUGUGGCGCCGUUGCCCCCUCCCACUCCUGGCGAGGGCCCAGACAUCACACUAUCUGGCCGUCUUCUGUUGGCAGUGAUGGAGCACAACCUCCCCAAGCUGCUGCUCCUUUUGGCCCACUGUACUAAGGAGGACAUUAAUGCCCCUCUCGGCCUGGCGCUCUCCUGCAGGUCGUUCUUAGCGCUAAGACUGCCUGGCUCUGCACUGCACGCUGCCUGUCAACAGGCUGAUGUGGUGAUGACGCAGCUUCUUGUUUGGUAUGGCUUUGAUGUCCGGCACCGGGAUGCUCAGGGGCAGACAGCUCUGGUACUGGCUCGCAGUGCUGGCAGCCAAGAGUGUGUCGACAUCUUACUUCAGUACGGAUGCCCAAAUGAACCGACCUCUUCCUUUACCGUUGCCACAACAGUUGGUUUUGCAGCAGCCGCCAUACCCAGCUUCCCUGUUGCCAUGACGCCGAGCCUAACGGUUGCUACGACAGUCAAGAUCUCGCACAAGAGCGGCGGCAGCACCAGCUUGAGUUACAGCACCUCUAGAAGAGCAGUGUCAUAAUCAAAAUGGGAUCAAAUGGGAAUGUGCGUGUGC